GGUUGAGAACGAAUUGAAGUACAUAAGAUGGUUGCUGCAUUGAGUGCGUGAGGGAGUGGGUUAAUAAGAUGAGAAAGGGUGCUGGUUUGAUGAUUGAGCUUCAUUCUUUUGCUCAGUAACUUAACAUUAGCUCAUGUCCAUCAUGAGUAUCGAUAGGAGGAAGGCAGCUCUUUUUGGGGCAGCAGCAGCUGUUCGACUGUUGCUCUUUGCAUCUUUCCCGGGCCUCCCAGACUUGUUGACGGCGAGAGUCGAGAUCUCUACACCAGUGACAAGCUUCAAGAGAUUACAAGAGGGUCUCUUUCUUUAUAAUCACAACGUCUCGCCGUACGAUGGUGGUGUCUAUCAUCAGGCACCGUUAUUCCUCCCUCUCUUCUCUCUCCUCCCGAGCUCUUCGAUGUAUCCCGCAUUCACAUACCUACUAUACACAUUGGUCGACCUUGCCAGCGCAAAUGCUUUAAUUAAUAUAGCAGAGUCUGGGGAGGCAGGAAAUUCGAGGCUCUUCAAAUCUCCUAGGAAGGAUAAACGGUGGACCAGCUUCGCCAUUGCUGCUGCCUUUCUUUUCAACCCAUUCACCAUUGCAACGUGCAUUGGCCGUCCAACAAGCAUAUUCACGACUUAUGCUAUAUUAUAUGCCAUUUCAAAAGCAUUAGUCGGUGCAUCUUAUACCUCGAUGUUUGCCAUAGCAUUCGCUGCGUACCUGUCUAUGUACCCCAUACUUCUUUUCCCUCCUCUGGCCCUGCUAUGCUAUGAUCGUCAACGUCCUAGUAAGCGCCAGGAGUCUUUGCCAUUAUUCGUCGGCACCAAUGCCAUAGCUGUCUGUGGUUACCUAUACUCACUUCUACACAUGUCGUACAUAAUCACAGGAUCUUGGGAAUUUCUAUCAUCAACCUAUGGUGUCCAACUUCUGCUUCCAGACCUCACGCCCAAUGUCGGGCUGUGGUGGUAUUUCUUCAUUGAAAUGUUUGACUCUUUUAGGUCAUUCUUCCUCGGUGUAUUCUGGCUCCAUCUCUCAUCAUAUGUCGGUGGCCUCACCAUUCGCGUGCGACGUCAGCCUCUUUUUGUGCUCACAAUACUCCUUGGAAUUUUUGCGAUUUUUAAACCAUACCCGUCAAUAUCAGAUACCUCGCUAUUCUUAGGAAUGCUGCCAGUCUACAGCCACCUUUUCCCAUUACUGCGAUAUUCUUUCUUGGCCUCUUCUACGGUUCUAUAUGCAACGCUACUGGGACCUGCCUUUUACUAUCUAUGGAUUUAUGCCGGAAGUGGAAAUGCCAAUUUUUUCUAUGCAAUUACGCUCGUAUGGAGCCUUGGCUGGAGUGUCCUGGUGGUUGCAGAUUUACUCUAUGCAGUUCUCAGGGACGAAUGGGAGGUUGAACGACCGGAAAUGAAGGGUAAAGAGGUCAGGCAAAUAUAACUAUGAUAUAGAGCAAUCAGAUUGGAUUGGAUCCAUCAUCAGUAUUCCUUCGGUGCAGUGCGUCAUGUCGUGAUUCUUAUGAAGUCAUGUGCAAUAAGGGCUUGAUUCUACUACGCUAUCACAAACUCCCACAAUAUAUCCA